AUGUCGAAGCAGAAGAGACUGGCAUAUAAAGUUGCUUUCAAGCUGAAAGUAAUAAAAUUUGCUAAGGAGCAUGGAAACAGAGCAGCGGAGAGACACUUUGGGCCACCUCCAACUGAGAAAAUGAUAAGAGAGUGGAGGAAACAGGAGGAUCAGCUCCAAAAGUUGGAUAAAAGCAAGCACACCUUGCGUGGACCAACUGCAAAGUGGCCAGAGUUAGAGGUAGAAGUAAAGGAGUGGAUCGCACGUCAACGGCAAAAUGGACUUUCUAUCUCAACAAAAAAGAUAAUCUAUGAGGCCAAACGCAUUGCUGUGGAGAAAGGCAUUCAGGAUUUCACCGGAUCCCCAUCGUGGUGCUAUAGAUUUAUGAAGAGAUCUGGCCUUUCUAUGCGCACCAAAACCAGAAUUGCACAAAAAAUGCCAAAGGAAUACUAUCACACAAGUGUGUGA